UAAAUGAAAGACUUAAAACCUUAGAAGCGAUGUGUAAUCAAUUACACAAAGAUAAUAUAGCACUCAAAAAAGAAAACGAAGAACUGAAAGCCAGUAUAAGCAAGCCUGCUAGUACAGCACCAAAACCAUCAAAUGUUGAGCCUAUCAAAGCAUCUAAAUUAAUUCCUCAGUGCAAAAACUGUCAAGCUUUUGGACAUACAAAAAACUUUUGUGAUAAACCAUCGAGAUUUGUGAAAUGUGGAGGCAAACAUCUUACAACUGAAUGCACCAAAGUUGUGUCGCUGCAAAAAAUUAGAGACAAAAAUGGUAAUACAGUUGAGGAGAAUGUCAAUGCUCAGGCGAAAAACCCGUUGCGGACAAAGGAAGGAAGGAAGUAACACCCCUCCCAUCAACUUCUAAACUUACUUUUGCGCAAAUGGCUAAGCAAGGUCAGACAAAUACAGUUCAAACAAAAGAAGUGCGGGCGCGUGAAAUUUUAUAUAACAAGGCCUGCGUAGGCUACCGAGUGCCGAGCCGGAAGAGGGACGCGUGGGUAAGCGUGGCGAAGGAGCUAGGUGCUACUGAAGAGCAGUGCUCGAAGAGGUGGCUGACUCUAAGGGAAAGAUUCAGUAGGGAGGUAAGGAAAAUGGAGGCACCAUCAGGAAGUGGGGCGAGUAACGCCGAAACCUGGCCAUUGUUCGAUAAUAUGAGCUUUUUAAAACAAUAUAUACAGCCCAGACCAAAUCGUUGCACCACAAACAUUUUGGAUGAUAUGUUUUCGCAGGAGCUGUUGGAGCCAAUUAGUUUUGAAUGUUCUCAGACUAAUUUAUCGUCGCCUUCGGAGUUGUCGUUUUCAACUCCGAUCCGGAAAAGAGUAAAGAAAACAAACAGCGAUGACGACGGCUGCUUCAAAGAAGCGUGCGAGCUAUACUAAAGCAUGUGUGCAGAGAGGAGCAAAGGCAGCGAGGCGGUGAGGUCGUUUGGUGUUAUGUUGACCUCUAUCAUGAACGAUAAUAACAUAAAACAAAUGAAAGCAAUACAAGUUUUAACAAAUUCAUUAUUUGCUAUUAAAUCGGAACCCGAAUAAUUUUUUUUUAAUUUUUAAAUCAUUUGUUUGAUGUUUUAUACAUAUAUUGAAUUAAUAUGUAAAAAUGUUUAAAAGGCUUGUUACCUAGACGUAAGAAACAACGAUGUAUCUCAUUUUUCAAAAAUAGUUUUAAAAUGUUUAAAAGGCUUGUUACCUAGACGUAAGAAACAACAAUGUACCUCAUUUUUCAAAAAUAGUUUUAAGAAUGUAUUUGAAAAAAAUAAAACAAUUUGUUUUU